UCUCAUUGGACUGGCCGCAAGAUGUUACCAUCGUGCUCUGAAAUUCUUCGUUUUUCAACUACGUUUCAAGCGAACCUGCUUCUUCUGAUUUGUAGAUUGCUUCUUGAAACAGUCGUGUGUUUUUGUCUCCAGAUAAGCUCAUAGUGUCGACAUGGUUUGCCACGGACACCCGUUGAUCCAACGAGUCUUCGAGCUGCACGAGAAGAUCUCCAGUCUCGACAGCCUCAAGCCAUGCAAAGAUGUCGACACCCUCUUCACGCAGCUCGUCCUCACGUGCAUGCCCCACGGCUACCACCACAUCGAUGUCAACAGGUUGUGCAAGAAGGCUCAAGAGAUGAGGUCAGACCUCAUAAGGCUGUGCGGCGAAGCGGAGGGCCUCUUGGAGAGCCAUUUCGCGACGAUCUUGGGGUCUUUCGAUCGCCCAAUUGAGAAUCUUGAAAUCUUCCCUUACUAUAAAAACUAUCUCAAAUUGGCCCAACUCGAGUUCACCCUCUUGACCCAACACUGCACUCGUGUCCCCAACAAGGUUGCCUUUGUGGGUUCUGGCCCGCUCCCUCUCACCUCCCUAGUACUAGCCUCGAAUCACUUGACAGCCACCUCGUUCCACAACUACGACAUCGACCCCUCGGCUAAUUCCAAGGCAAUUCAGUUGAUCGCGUCCGACCCGGAUUUGUCCAAGAGGGUGCUGUUCCACACCUGCGACGUUCUCAAAGUUACUAAGGAGUUGGAGGAGUACGAUGUCGUGUUUCUUGCCGCGCUCGUGGGCAUGGACAAGGAAGAGAAGGCUCGGGCGAUCGAGCACUUGGGGAGGUACAUGAAGAGUGGGGCUAUUCUGAUGGUGAGGAGCGCGCAUGGCGCUAGGGCGUUUCUGUAUCCAAUGGUGGAUGUUCAUAGUGAUCUUGGAGGGUUCGAGGUUCUUUUGGUGUUUCAUCCCAAGGAUGAGGUUAUCAAUUCAGUUAUCGUAGCGCGCAAGUAUUGAUCAUGAAUCAUGACGUGUGACCGCACAAGUAGCGCGAGGAGAUGUAUCGGAAUUGAAGAGACAUAGGGAACAUAUAGCCGAAGAUUUGGCCACUGAGAGGAGCAAAUUUGAGGAAUUUCUUCCUUUGAAAUUCCAUAUCCCCCCUAUUCUUCACUUACAAGUUAAGUUUCAAUCUUCUUCAUGAUAUGUUAUUAUGCUGUAAUUAUCCUGCAUAUAACUACGCAGGUAUGUUUGUUUUAAGAAACCGUGACGUGGUAUUUUGAUUUGAAUUUACGGCACUUCCACU